GAACUGCCGCGAAAUGGGGCAGAUCUACACAUCUGGCAAAGAGCUCUGCGAAAAGAUGUGGGGCACGGCCUUCCGAUACGAACGCAACGAGAACCUGGCCUAUACAAUGUGGUUUUUUGAUGCUGAGAACCCCAACGACGAGGUCUCAUCGCGGCUGGGGAAAGGCAACGCCACAUCCUGCCACCUCAAGGGCGAACAGGACGGACGUCUAGAUCCAGGGUUUUACAGUGGUUUAAACGAGAGCAGCGCCUGCUGUUCGCAGAGCGAGGUGGCCACUCUCGAGAAGCUGAAGCAGAGACUGGGCGCUGGCUUUCAGUGGGACCGCUGCGGCCCCCUUUCUCAGGAGUGCGAACGAUUCUUUGUGCAAGAGGCGUGCUUCUACGAGUGUGAUCCCAACGCGGGCCUCUACCGCAAGUACAACGAAAGCGCAUACGAUCCACGAUGCGAUGCUGAGAACAAAGCUUAUCAGCCCAUCUACGCGGCCAGCCUACUCUGCCACCAG